AUGCCUGAGACUGAGCAAAUUGUAACUGAAUUUGUCUACUGCCUCAUUAUCAGUGGUGGCAAAAUGUCCACGCCAGUGCUGUACUAUCUGCCACCGAGUCCGCCCUGUCGCAGCAUAUUGCUCCUGGCCAAAAUGCUGGCACUCGACUUUGAGCUAAAGAUCGUCAACAUACUGGAGGGUGAGCAGCUCAAGCCGGACUUUGUGGCCAUGAAUCCGCAGCAUUGUCUACCCACCAUGGAUGAUCAGGGACUGGUCUUGUGGGAAAGUCGCGCUAUACUUUCAUAUCUGGUGGCUGCCUAUGGCAAGACGGAUGAGCUCUACCCCAAGGAUAUACGCGUGCGUGCUUUGAUUGAUCAGCGGCUGCAAUUCGAUCUGGGCACACUCUAUCAACGCCUAACAGAUUACUAUUUCCCCACCAUGUUCAUUGGCGCACCGCUGGAUGAGGGCAAGCGUGCCAAACUCUCCGAGGCCGUUGGCUGGCUAAAUGUUAUUUUGGAAGGUCGUCAAUUCGCUGCCGCUGAGCAUUUCACCAUUGCGGACUUGACCUUGCUGGUGACCAUUUCACAGCUGGAAGCCUUCGACUUUGAGUUAAAGCCCUAUAAACAUGUCAGGCAAUGGCUGGAACGCUGCAAGGAGCACAUGUUGCCCUAUGACUAUGAAGAGCUCAAUGGCAGCAAGGCUGUCAUGCUGGCUGAUAUGUUUAGAGCCAAGAUGAAUCAAGCAACAGAAUCUUGAGAACAUUUAAUACAAGUACGAAUUAUGUAGAAGCUUUAUUUGUUGUUGUUUUAAAGAAAUAUAUAACUUGAGUUGUGUUUUC